CUAUAUAGUAGUGAAAAGAUUGUUUGAUUUAAUGAAUUUAUUUCUAUACAAAAAUUAUGAUUAUACCAAUUUAUGGUAUUAUCCGGAAUGUGUUACCGUAAUGCUUCCGAUUUCCAUACUACAAGUAUUUUCAAACUUCCGGUCUUACUAUUGCUCUAAUUUCUAGUUGGAGAUGAAGAAAAAACUAUGAAAAUCAGUAUUACAACGUUGCAGCCAUGUAUUAUGGUGAUGCUAUACAUGGCUUUGCCAUUGGUGGUAGGACACCGCUGUUCUAAAAGUUUGUCACGUAUAGUGAGGCAGCAGGUCAGAGAGAGAUUAUUACCACAUUAUGAUGAACUGAAGACAAAGAUGCCUGAGAGCUGUCCAUUGAGUCCAAAGCGAGAUGUCUAUAUGAUGCAGGAGGAGAAGGUGUUUAUCGAGUCAUCGUCCAGAUACAAGUGUAACAUAUGUGGAAAAGCCUUCAUCUCACAAUUCUAUAUUGACAUGCACUUUGAUAACCGCCAUCCAGAGUACAUUGCAGAGGGGGAGAAUACCAUUUGUUAUGCGGACUACUGUGACAUCACAAGGUGCGACAUUGUGUCUGGACAAAAAGUUGCCGACUUCUGGGACAUCUCACUGUGUCUGGAGGAUGACAUGACAGAAUUGAGGGAACGAUGCGAGGGAAUUUUGGGCCGGUGUAUGCCUGAUGGUCUAACAAGGAGGGAGAAGGAGGAGCUGUAUAGAUGGCUGAAUGGCUCAGUAUGUCACUACCUGACUUGUAAACUUUAUUAUGAUGGACCUAAAAAACAGAGUGCCGACACGGUGAUGAUGUACUCCAUUCUGACCACAUUUAUGAUGGUUUUCUUCACCAUCUAUUACUGUAUAGGCUACCACUACUUUUACACCGACACUUUUUCUGACAUAUAUGAUGAUGACGAUGCUCGAGCCAUUCCAAUAAAACCACUAAAAAACAGUGAGCUGCGACAGAGGAUGAUGGAUGAUAAAAUACGAAAGGAGUGGAAACAAAGGAACGAACAACAGAUCAGUGAAAAAUUUAAUAAAAUGUUUUCUGAACGUGCCGCAAACAGUUGAGAUUAAAACUUUCCUAUUUUCACAUGUACUAAAUUUCGCAUUUCAAUCCAUUGGUUUGUGUCAUGUACAUCGAAAAAACAAUUACAUAGUGUAUGUGAUUGCGAAGCAAGAUUAUAUGCGAGAGUGUAGGACUUCUAUGUCUUUGAGGGCUUCUUCUGCAGAUAAACCUGUCACUCUACAUUAAAUCAUCAUUUCUGGCAGAAUUCCAGAUGGACCUGCAAAUAGCAACAUGGCAGGCGUGGAACUGUUUUGUUAAUGCACACCAGAUAAAGGCAAUGUAUCACUAGGUUGGUCCUACAACUCUGGUGCAACUAGUCCAAUCAUUUCAAGCACUAUAUACAAAAAUGUCCCUGAAGUUUUGCCGCCAUGUAGUGAUCCGAUAUCGUGUUAGAAAUAAAAAGGGAUACCCCUAAAAGAA